AUGGCAGAGGUGUAUGAUCAGGCUGGUUUAGAUGCGGCAAGAGGUAAUGCACCAGCAAGUAAUCCAUUUGCAGGAGCAGGCGGUUCUCCUGGUGGAGGAGGCCCCGGUGGCAGUUUCCACUUUAGUUCUACUGGAGGAGGUCCUCAUCAGUUCUCCUCAGCUGAUGCCUUCAACUUGUUCAAUCAAUUUGGGGGAUUUGAGGAUAUAUUUGGUGGUAUGGGGGGCAGUGGUGGCUCUAGUCGUGGUGGUUCGCCGUUUGGAGGAGCCCAGUUCAGUAGUAGUUCAAUGCCUGGAGGCUUUAGCUCGAGUGGAUUCGGAGGAAUGCCUCAGCAGCAACAGCAGCAACAACAGACCAGAAGAAGGAGGGAACCAGAAGUUGUGGAUUUGAACGUUCCUUGCACCUUAGAACAGUUGUACACGGGUGCAACUAAAAAGAUGAAGAUCAAGAGAAGGGGACCCAGUGGAGAGUUGGAGUCUACAAUUAUUCCAAUACAGUUGAAACCAGGCUGGAAGUCCGGUACCAAAAUCACCUAUAAAGAUAUGGGGGAUUGGCACGAUGGACAGAGACAAACAGUUAGAUUUAUUAUCACAGAGAAGCCGGACCCUACAUUUAAAAGAGAGGGUAAUGAUUUGAGAACCAAGGUUAAGUUGAGCUUCAAGGAGUCUCUACUUGGAUACCAGAAGCAAAUUGCUACUAUUGAUGGUCGUAAAGUUCCUGUUAGUAAGUCCACACCUACACAGCCCGGUUCCGUGACCAGAUAUCCAAAUCUCGGUAUGCCGAUAUCGAAGACACCUGGUGGAAAUGGAGAUUUGAUUGUAGAAUUCGACGUUGAUUAUCCUAUAUAUUUGAGCGAUACCCAGAAGGCUGCAAUAAGAAGCAGUUUUUGA